ACGAGACGACUUUCGCAGCAGAUUCACGAUGGCACGAUUUAGGCAGCUUUUUUACGAGCAGUCUUGGAGCUUUUCUGGGGUUAUAUAUUUUUUGUGGAGGCUGGCUGGCGUGUAUCUGAUUUGCUUCCACCAUCUCCGACGGUUGAGAUGGGCUUGAAAGAACCAGCAGACACAACCGACCGUUCGUCGUCGGAUGUCUCAGGGAACGAUGAGAAACAGGAGAUGAAUGCAAAUCGAGACGAGAAUGGGACACCAUCUGCAGUGACUAUGAAGACUGGUACAUUGGAAGCUAAAAGUUUUGACUGGCUGAAAGGGGCCAUGGCCGAGCUUGAAAGUAUAGAGAAGUUGUGCAACACUUUCAUCGAGAAAUUGAGUGCGACGAGACUGGGUAUAUAUGGCACUUCUCCAUCGCCAGUAUUAGAGGAAAGUACUGAGCAGAUUACAGGUGGUGCCGAGGUAGAGAAAUCUGUCCAGGCACUGCUGGAUUCCAAGGGGGAAUUUGCAACGAGGAAUUUGCAAGAGAACAAGGAGGAGACUUCCACGGACGGCAUGGAGAAUUGUGAAAAGGGGAUGAUAAAUGUCCACUGGCCUGACAACGUGAAAGGCCUUGGACAGCAAAGUUGCUCAAAUCCCACAGUCCUCCCACAAGAUUUGCAUUCCGCUGACGUUCGAAAUCCCAAUGCAGUUAAUGCUGAGGCAGAUGGUUCCGGUCAACGAGAGGUACCUGAAGAGGAUCGUUACCAAACCGAAGAAGAAACUACUGCGAAGUCUGCCAAUGCAAAGAAGAUCGAGGAAUACUGGGACGAAAUAGCUCGAAUUUUGAGUGGCAGUGUCCUCACCUCGCCCGUCACUGAUUCUCCCCAUCAACCCGCUGCCACAAGCGCCAUGCCUGGGGUACAAAGCUAUGGUAUAGAGAAGCCAGACUCUCCUCUAGAUAUUAGUUCUGUUCACAAGAAAUCAAUUCACACCGCCGGCCUCGGCGAGACUGACAGGGAAGGAACUUCCUGUCUAAGCGCUAAGAAGCUACUUCGUCCAAAUAUAAAGGAAGAAGCUGUGGACUCUGUCCCUUCACCAAUUGUUGGCGAUCAUAGCAAGGGUGUAGUUUCGUUAAGGAAAACGCCGAACAGCUUGAAAAAAUCAUUGAGGGAAAAAUGUGUACAAAAAAAGCUCCACGAGAUUCAGAACAAAGGGAAGAAGAGAAAAGCACAGCGAAUGGAAGAAGUGGAUAUGAGUGAGGAGGAAGACUACUCAAUAGAACCUGCCAAAUGCCAAGAUUUAGACAGCACAUGUCAGGAUGAAGAGAACGUUCCUUACGCGGAUUAUAGAUGGGAGCCUGAAAAGGGGAUCUUAGAUGACAAGGCGGAAAGUUCUCUGGGAUCCGUGUGGGAGUGCAUGGCACUCGCCACGGCUGCAGCACCUCCUCCAGCGUCAGAGCCGUCCCUGGCUUGCGACCAUCUGGUUUGUGACUGGGACGAGGAUUUGGGAUGGUAUUGUGAGGAUUGUGGAUGCAUAGCCCAGCAGAAGAAGCUGAAAGACAUUUCCUGUACUCACCAGAACAAGCUCUGGAAAGACGAGGUCGGACAAUACUGCGAGGACUGUGGGAGAACGGGAAGGGACAUACAGAAAAUGUUUAUUCCCUUAAGUCAUACACCUGAACCACGUAAGCACAAUGCUUCGAAGUUCACACGGGUGGAGUCUGCGUUGCAAUUCAACCUUCGAGUGCCACAACGCAGUGAUGAAGACUUGUGCAAUUCUAGUUUGGAGCUUGAUCCUCUGUUUGAGAAUGUACUGCACCUUCAUCAAAAAGACGGCUUCGACUUCCUUGCCAGAAAUCUUGUCGCUGAUGAGAAAGGGGAAUCUGUUGGAUGCAUUAUAGCACAUGCCCCUGGUACAGGUAAGACUUGCCUUUUGAUAAGUUUUAUAAAAAGCUUUCUGUCCAAGUUCCUCGAGAGAAGAGCUCUCAUCCUUGCACCAAAAAUCAUGCUAAAAUCCUGGCAGGACGAGUUUGCUCGGUGGAAAGUUGAGACCUUGCCUAUAUUUUGCCUCAAUGAGUGCACUCAUAAAGAGGGUUCCGUCGGAGCGGAGUACGAGUUGCAGGAAACGCUGGAACUUUACUCACAAAUACCAACACAGGUGAAGAAAAGCUUGAAGGUAAACAGAGCUGGAGUACUAGAAGAUUGGAAGGGAGCAAAGGGGGGAGUGUUGCUGAUGAGUUAUACUUUGUUCGCCAUUAUGGUGGAUCGAGGUUUGUUAUCAAAGGCUGAACGAGAUGCUUUAGACUUCCAAAUGUGCAAAGUAGUCCUCGAUGCUCCAGACUUGGUCGUUUUUGAUGAAGGGCAUCUGGCUAGAACAAAGAAGACGAAGAUACUCAAGAGCCUCCAACAAUUGAGAACGAGAAGGAGAGUGAUAGUGUCAGGGACGUUGUUUCACAAUAAUUUCAAGGAGCUCUACACUCUACUGAAGCUGUGCAGAGAUGACUUUAUGCGAGCUCAUCCAAACUUCUCUAAUACGAUCGGCAAGAGGAGCGGACAAUCUAGACAAUCUGUAAUGCAACUGGAAGAAAAUAUGUUCCAGGAAGAAAUUGGCGAAAUUCUGGAAAAUCAGGUGAAGAAUGAAACCGUUGCAGAUGAGGCCAUCAAUCAGGCGGUGCAGAAACUAAGGCUGCUGACAGCCUCGUUCGUUCACUGGUAUCCAGGUACAAUAUUAGAAAAUCUCCCUGGAUUGAUCGAGUACUCGGUGAGGUUGAAGCUCACAGAUGUUCAGAGAAGAGUAAUUUCGUCUCUGCCUCCAGUUAAAGGCAGAUGGGCGAUACAGAAGAAAAUAUUCUCAGCAUGCAUUCAUCCAUCAUUGGUGGCGGGGCUCAAUACGCUAAAUCCAUAUUCUGGCCAGAAUCAUGGCCCGGCUCAACCAUCUCCAUCGAAUCAAUUUACGGAAGCGUUUCAAGGGGUGAAGAUCGAGUUCUUAAUCCACCUCUUGCGUCUAUGCAAAGAAUCGAAGGAGAAAGUGAUCGUCUUCUGCACAACACUUGGUCCGUUGAAUUACAUUCAGACAAUGCUCCUGAAGAUAUGGGGCUGGAAUCUUAAUCAACAGUUUUUCCGCCUUGACGGGACAAUGGCGGAAGUUGACAGGCAAGAGGUAAUCAAGUUGUUCAACCAAUGUCCGGGAACAGAUCAAAACUUGGGACAAGACAUUCACCUCCUGCUGGCUUCUACCAAAGCCUGCAAAGAGGGCAUCAGUCUGGUGGGUGCUUCUCGAGUCGUAAUAAUAGAUAACACCGACAAUCCAUCUGUUUUAAGACAGGCCGUGAGCAGAGCCUUCAGAAUUGGACAGAAGAGGAGAGUCAUUGUGUAUAGACUACUCACCAACCACCCAGAAGAGGUGGACUCUUUCCAAAGGUCGGUCAACAAAGAAAAGCUAUCACAGGUCCUGCUACAUACAUUCAACCAAACCAUGACGCAGAAAGAUGACUUUUUGCAGCUCGUGAAUUCUCCAGCUGAAGUCGAGGACGAAAUGCUGCAGAAACUUAUGCUUUUGUGCAAGAUCACCGCCGUGCACAGGUACAAUGCGUCAGGAUGGAAAAAUAACUCGGCCGCUGACAGUACAAGAAUGGAAAAUCUGGAGUAAGUUGUAGCUGACAGAUAAAGUAAUUCCCACUUAAAAUUUUCGUGCUUCGGGAAACGUGGGCCAAGACAAAGGGGCAACAAAUUAAAAGAGGUCCGAAUCAGCAAGAUCAGCUGAAGCUCCUGUUUGUUUUCUCAUAACAAGUUUGCACUUCUUUUAAGGUGCAUACCACGGUAUCUUGCGUUGAAUUUAAAGUUUGUCUGACAAACUCCAAGUCUAAUUUUGACUCGCGUUUGAACUGGAAAUUGUCACAAGGCCAUGGAUUAGAUUGAAGGGAGCAUUUGAUAUGCUCCUUCACGAGUGGAUAGGUUUAGUCUGAUCUUUGAAUGUACAAAGAGAAUACGCUGAAUACAGGGUGGACUCUAUUCCAUAAUUCAGAAUAAACUCAGUUCAUUGUGCUCUUC